GUUUAAAUGUUACGUUGUUAUGCCAAUACCUGUAGAAGUAUUCAAUAUCCCACAAAAUGUGGCUUCAGCUGAGUUAACAAAUCGAAGAGGCUCAACAGACUUCCAAAAUUUCACUUAUGACUUAACGAUGCCAUUUCCAUUUUUACUACUGUUGUGUGGAUUUGGUUAUCUAAUAGUCAUAGGAAUAAUUUAUGCCAUUGUAAAAUCAGUAUUGGCUAAUCGUCUACCAAAGGCUAAACAGUCUACUACUAAAUUUCAACCUUUCACAUGCUGUCCAUGUUGUCUAUCAAUUGCAGAUUUAUGCAACUGUUGUAGACUAACUUCUAUUGAUGCCUGUCUUAAUGGUAUAUGCCCACAACGGAGAACACAUGAUUGUGCUGACUUAUUAUUGUGUCAGAUAUGUCUUGGACGACCUGGUCGGCUGAAAUCAUCUGUACCACUGGUUAAAUGUCCUGUAUGCUGUCGAUCAACCUAUUGUGAAGAUACGAUUAUCUGUUGCUUUUUUGUGAUUUUCGAGCUAAGCCUUUACUUCAAAAUAAUGAAUCCUAUACAUGGGUCCUUUGUGGUUAGCAAUACUGAAAGCUGAAGAACUUCUUAAUCAAUAACCAACUGCGCAACUGGGCUUACAAUGCAAACUUCGAACAUUGUGCGCUUCGGUACUUAACAGUGGAAUGGUGGGAGAUGAAAAUCCAUGGCUGUCUCGUGAAUUUCAGCAAGUUUUAAUAAAAUUGUGCAUAUCACUGACUUGAUAUAUGAGUUAUUUAACACCAAAUACCAUUUUGUAAACUUUGAAGAACUAAUAAUUUAAUGGUGCUUGUAAACUGGUAUCUCUCAUGUUAAAUCCACUACACGAGAACCAGAAUUGUUAUUCUCUAAGCUUUAACACUCUGUAUGCGCUGAAAAGUGAUAUUUUCCUGUUCAUUUCACAAUUAGCAGGAUCUUCUAAUAUUUUUAAUGUAUUUCAAUCACAUACCAUCUGUACAAUUCGAGAUACGUAAAAUCUUGUAGAUUUUUCAACGUACACCAGUGUGGUGAUGCUUGUAAACUGUC